GGUCUGGAAGCCUACGUCCUUUCGCUGCGACCGGUUUGUACUGGUGACGCGCUCAGGUCGCGCUGCGUGCAAACAGGCUUGGUGUGGAAGAAAGCGGCGAGCUGCUGGAGUGAGCAGAGAGAGAGACUCAGAGAAACACAAGCCUGAGGGAGGAUGUCGAGCGACUUCUACCUGCGAUACUACGUCGGACACAAGGGCAAAUUCGGCCACGAGUUCUUGGAGUUUGAGUUCCGACCCGACGGAAAAUUGAGGUACGCCAAUAACAGUAAUUACAAAAAUGAUGUCAUGAUCAGAAAAGAAGCUUAUGUACACAAGAGUGUGAUGGAGGAGCUGAAGAGGAUCAUCGACGACAGUGAAAUCACGAAGGAAGAUGAUGCUUUGUGGCCGCCUCCUGAUCGGGUUGGUCGGCAGGAGCUGGAGAUUGUGAUAGGAGAUGAACACAUUUCAUUCACAACCUCUAAAAUUGGAUCUCUGAUUGACGUCAAUCAGUCCAAAGACCCAGAAGGCCUCAGAGUAUUUUACUACCUGGUUCAAGAUCUGAAAUGUCUCGUCUUCAGUCUCAUUGGUUUACACUUCAAGAUCAAGCCCAUCUAAGAAAGGAGAAUGGAACUUUUUUUUUUUUUUUUUUUGUCUGCUUAUUUUGGAACAUUUGUAUAUUGCUUUUGAGGACACUUGUCUUUUUUUAAUUUUAAAUAAAGUAAUCUUGUUUUUCUUCAGA